AUGUCCGGAAUUCGGGACCUCCUUGGUGAGGCCAUUUCCCACCCGAUGCUAGUUCUUGGUAGCAUACUCGUUCUGCUUCUCACCUACCCCUUAACCACAGCCCUCUACAACCUCUUCCUCCACCCCCUCCACCGCUUCCCCGGCCCCCUCCUCUACGCCGCCUCCCCCUACCCCUGGGCCAUCCGCCACGCCCUCGGCACCUCCGCCUUCCACACCGAGCGCCUCCACGCCCGCUACGGCCCCGUCGUGCGCAUCGGCCCCAACCACCUCUCCUUCACCUCCCCGGCAGCAUGGCGCGACGCCUACAACGCCUUACCGCCUCGUCCCGGCAACAAAGCCCACGGCCACUGGUCCUGGCCGGAGAUGCCGAAGAGCAAGACAUUCACCUCGGCGACCGACGACCAGGAGACGAGUAUCCUGCAGGCGGAGUAUUAUGAGCAUGGGCGGUUGCGGCGGGCGUUGGCGCCGGGGUUUGCGGAUGCUGCGUUGAAGAGGUGGACCGGGCCCGGGGGCACGUUGAAGGUGCAUGUGGAUUUGUUGGUGGAGAAGCUUAAGGGGAAGUGUCGGGGCGAUGAGGGGUCCCAGGGAGGUGAAGGAACGGUGCUGGAUAUGGAGAAGUGGUAUGGGUGGACAAUGUUUGACAUUGGCGGGGAGUUAGUGUGGGGGAGGACGUUUGGGUGUCUGGACAAGGAGGAGUACCAUCCGUGGGUGGAUUUCUUGAUGGGGACGUUGAAAGCUGCGGCCGCGAUGGUGUCGAUCAUCUACCUCGGGGGCAGGGGGCUCGUGAGAAUCUUGUUUAACACUGUUGGGCAAAAGUCCAUCGAGACACUCCGGAAGAUGACGGAGGAGAUUUUGACGUAUCGGUUGGGCAUGGAGGAGGGCCGGGUUGACUUGUUCGAGGGGCUGUUAAAGCAUCGAGACGAGUGGAACCUGUCUUUCGAGAAGCUGUCUACCAGCGGUUUGGUUAUGACAAUGGGAGGAUCCGAGACGUUGGCUAGCUCGCUCUCUGGCACGACAUACCUGCUAUUGGAGAACCCGUCGACAUGGAAAAAGCUGGCUGAAGAAGUUCGAACGGCCUUUACGAACGCAGACGACAUCACCGUCAAGGCAACUGCCCAGCUGCCAUAUCUCACCGCUGUAAUUAACGAGGGCUUCCGCAUGUACCCUCCCGUGGUUGCCGACUUAGUCCGCGUCGUUCCGCCAGAGGGUAAAGAGAUUGCGGGUCACUUCAUAGCAGGUGGUGCACUCGUGGAAGUCCAGCCUUGGUCUGCCAACCACAGCGCCGACAACUGGGUUGACCCCUGGACUUUCAACCCGGACCGCUUCCUAGUGAGUGAGGAGGAAGCGAGGGCAGCGGGUAACAUCUUCGAAGCAUCACAAAUAUUCAGCUAUGGCCCAAGGAACUGUCUUGGACGAAACCUUGCUUAUGCUGAGAUGCGUCUGAUUCUGGCCCGGCUCGUGUUCGAGUUCGACAUGGAACUCCAGGAUGACAGCCACGAUUGGAUCAUGCAACAGAAGACCUACCCCUUGUGGGAUAGGCUGCCAUUGAACGUACACAUCAAACCGGUGAUGAGGAAUUAG